AUGAUGGGUUUGUGUGCACAAAUCGACAACUGUUUUCCGUCCAGUAUACGUCGUUAUGUGGGACUUAUUCUUUGUAUUCUGGAUUUAUUCUUUUUUGGAGGAUAUCACUAUGGAUUUAAUUCCCUAAUUGGUAUCUACAAAUCCUUGGGUUUAUUCGCUUACAACUGCACACAAUCUGGUUGUAUGUACGACGAAGAUAUGUUUGGAAUCAGCUUUAACGUAUGGUUUGUUUCACAUAUGUGCCUCAUUACAUUGGCCGGAAUAUUUAUGGAUAGAGUUGGAUUGAGACCCUUAAAAUUGACUUCGACGUUAAUGUAUGCUGCCGGUACUCUUAUGUUUGCUUUUACAACUGGCAAAGUGGCACCACUUUUCUUUACUGCUGGUAUUCUGGUUGCGCUAAGUAGUAUAUGCAGCCUAAUUUGUAACCAACAAAUUAGUUCAAUGUUCCCACAUUUUCGUGGAAUAUGCAUAGCACUUAUUUCCGGAGCCUUUGAUUCGAGUACAGUUGUAGCGUUUGCUAUAUCGAGAUAUCACCCCUAUUUUUCACUUCAGUGGUCAUUUAUAUCUUUAUCAAUAGGUUCAUUCAUUAUGGGUUUGUUCAUAGCAAUGUUCAUUCUCACUUUGAAGUCAGCAGAUAUGGAGAAAUUUGCAAAAACUGAAGUAAAGAAAUCAGUUUUUCAGUCACGAGAAAGUUGUUUGGAAGAAUCAUCAUCAGUUGACGUUGACAAAGAACUGUCGAAUGUGAUUGAUGAACGCUUUCCAACACUGAGGAAAUGCAUCUUUUCAGCUUCGUAUGCAUUGAUUAAUUUAUGGAUUACUUUUGGCUUAUUUCGUUUUACCAUAUUCUUAAGUCAGUUAUACAGACAACUAGUUCAUUUGUUUCCAACAGAUAAAAAAUUAGUUGAACACUUAUUGGAAGUAUCUUCAGUUUUCUCGAUGUGCGGCUUUUUCGCAGCACCUAUUUCUGGAGUAAUUAUUGAUUUGUCUUUGAGGCGUUCUCGUGAUAAAGUGGCAAAUAUACUGAUUAGUAACAAAUUCAAUGUGUCUAAUAGAAAAAUGUAUUAUAAUUACAUUUGUGGUUUAGUACCUGCACUGACAAUAGCGUCCAUAUUUGCUGUUAUUUUAAGUACCAUGAUGUUUAUUCCCAACACGGUUGCAAUUUAUACAGCAUUUGUCUGUUUAGUUAUUGUUCGAUCAUUAAUGUUUAGCUCGUAUGUCAGUUAUUUGUUGACAGGUUUUCCAAUACGUUAUUUUGGCACAUUGAAUGGUAUUUCAAGUGUUAUAUCUGGUUUAUUCAGUCUGUUGCAACAUAUUUUUCUGCACACAAGCGGUAUUGUGGCUAACUCAGUGUCUAUGGCAGCAUCUAUUGGUUUAUUUAUCACACCUUUUGUACUAUUGAUGUUAAGACGUUAAAUAUGUUUUGCAAAAAGUUAAUUUAUGGGUUUCUGAUCUAUUUAUUUCAAAUAUUUCACAAAAUUACCUAUGAUUAUUCCACUUUGAUUUUGUUUUUGUUCCACUUAAAUAUAUAUUUAUUCAAAUAACUCAUCUAAUCCUCCCUCCCUCGAUCCUCUCUUCCAAAACUGCUCAUUUUUGUGUUUUAUGCGAGUAUGAAUUUCG